AGGAUCCUAGAGUGCGAGUGAAUGGGCUGCUGUCAACUUGUGUGAGCACUGCUCCUAAAUCAUAUGUCCAACCCAGAGCUGUAUUCUCCACUUGAAAAAGUUUGAGCACACAAACUGACAAGCAUCUAACAGCACAAAAUGGGAAGCGGAAUUAGUUCAGAGAGCAAGGAGUCGGCCAAAAGGUCCAAAGAGCUGGAGAAAAAGCUUCAGGAAGAUGCUGAGCGGGAAGCAAGAACUGUAAAGUUGCUGCUGUUAGGAGCAGGUGAAUCUGGAAAAAGUACAAUCGUUAAACAAAUGAAGAUCAUCCACAAGAAUGGUUAUAGUGAGCAAGAAUGCAUGGAGUUCAAAGCAGUAAUUUACAGUAACACAUUGCAAUCCAUCCUAGCCAUUGUGAAAGCCAUGACCACCCUUGGGAUUGAUUAUGGAAAUCCCAGAAGUGCUGAAGACCAGCAACAACUUUGUACAAUGGCUAAUACCCUGGAAGAUGGCACUAUGACAUCUCAACUGGCUGAGAUAAUAAAACGACUCUGGGAAGAUCCAGGAAUUCAAGCUUGCUUUGAAAGGGCAUCUGAAUACCAGCUCAAUGACUCAGCAGCUUACUACCUUAAUGAUUUAGAUAGAAUAACAGCUCCUGGGUAUGUGCCAAAUGAGCAAGAUGUUCUGCAUUCGCGAGUGAAAACUACUGGCAUCAUUGAAACUCAAUUCUCCUUUAAAGACCUGAACUUCAGAAUGUUUGAUGUAGGUGGACAGAGAUCAGAGAGAAAGAAAUGGAUUCACUGCUUUGAAGGAGUUACGUGCAUUAUAUUUUGUGCUGCUCUCAGUGCCUAUGACAUGGUCCUAGUAGAAGAUGAAGAAGUGAACAGAAUGCAUGAAAGUCUUCACUUGUUCAACAGUAUCUGUAAUCACAAGUACUUUGCAACCACCUCCAUUGUCCUCUUUCUCAAUAAAAAAGACCUCUUUCAAGAAAAGGUCAACAAGGUGCAUCUUAGCAUUUGCUUUCCAGAAUAUACUGGGCCAAAUACAUUUGAAGAUGCAGGGAACUACAUCAAGAAUCAGUUUCUAGACCUGAAUUUAAAAAAAGAAGAUAAGGAAAUUUAUUCCCACAUGACUUGUGCUACUGAUACCCAGAAUGUCAAGUUUGUGUUUGAUGCAGUUACAGAUAUAAUAAUCAAAGAGAAUCUGAAAGACUGUGGGCUUUUCUAAUCAAUCCUUUUUUUACUACUUUUGCUGUGUACUCUUUUCAAGACAUAUGUGUAUAAAAGGUGCUAUGUGAUUACUUUGAAUAUAUAUUAGCUUAUCUAAAAAUAUAGCUAGAAUUAUAAAGCUAA